CCCAAUUUGCAAAAAAAAUUUGGAUAAAUUUGAUGAGUCAGCUGCAAAUUAUCAUAUAAAUAGAUGUAUGGAUACUGGUAUUAUUUAUUUAUCUAGCGAUAAUGAAGAAGACUGUGGCAAGAAUGACGACAUCAAAGCACUUGAUUGUACUGCAGCGGAUGAUAAAGAUGAGGAAAUAAUCGAGGAAUUUGAAGAAAUAGAUAGUCUCAAUGAAGACUACUUAAAAGAAGACAUUAGUAAACUUCCCAUAGACAUAGACAACUCACCACCUCAAAAGAAAGCUAAACUAUCAGCAUUUAAUAUUCUUAUGUCAUCAAAUAACGAUACCAAUGCUUACAAUGAAGCAACAGCCAUGUCAUCUAAGUCUAUACCAAAAAAUCAGCGUAAAACACCCUUCUAUAAAAUAUUAGAAGGUAUGCCAAUAGCAGUUGACGCAUUUAUGUCCGGUAAAAUACCCGGCGUUGAAGCUUACGUAUUAAGUCAUGCACAUAGCGAUCACUACCAGUCAUUAUCCAAGAAUUGGGAUGCCGGUCCGAUAUACUGUUCAAUUAUAACAGCCUCCCUCGUACAUCACAUAUGCGGUGUUCCUAAAGAAUACCUUCGUCCACUUUCGAAUGAUACUGCUCAUGUUAUACCUUCCACAAAUGGCGUUACUGUUACGCUCAUUGACGCGAACCAUUGUCCAGGUUCAAGUAUUUUCGUUUUUGAAGGUAAGCAAUCAGUUCACGCAGGUGAUAGUAAUUUCAAAUCACCUUGGAUUGGUAGCGAUAGGAUAUUUAGAUACCUCCAUUGUGGCGAUUUCAGGGCGAGUCCACAACAUGUCAACCAUCCCGCUAUCAAAGGGAAGAAAUUUGAUGCUGUUUACUUAGAUACGACAUACCUUAAUCCAAAUUAUUCGUUUCCACCACAAAGGCAAGUCAUUGACGCUUGUCGUGAUCUCGUUUUAGCCAAUCUUCGAGGGGAAAUGCAAGUAAAUGAGAGUAUGCUGGACAUGCUCAAAAGUGGCUUCAAUAGGGUUGUUAGUAGCGCAAAAAACCAAGAGGAAGAGGAGAAAGAGGAGAAGAAAAUAUCACAAGAUGUCCUCAUUGUUGUAGGUACAUAUUCAAUUGGCAAGGAGAGGAUUGUUAAGGCAGUAGCAAAGGCAAUAAAUAGUAAAAUAUUCGCUGAUAAGCGACGACAAGCGUUACUACGGAAUGAAAAAGACGAAGAAUUAAACAAUCUUCUAACUGAAGAUCCCUAUGAUUCGCAAGUUCACAUACAAGGUUUAGGUGGUGUCACAAUAAACACUCUCCCGGAUUAUCUGUCAAAGUUUAAGAAGAAAUACAAUCGCGUUAUUGGUCUCAAACCAACCGGAUGGACAUACAAAAAUGCAUCAAGUUCUUCAUCAGAGCUUGAUAUCAAUAUUGAAUACCUCCUCAAAAGAGAUUUGAAUAGGAGUUUCACAUACAGAAACUUAUUUAGUACGCGCGGAUCUAAUGAUACUGUUGCUUGCUAUGGUAUUCCAUACUCAGAACACUCUUCAUUUACAGAGCUGACAUGUUUUGCUUUGUCAAUAGACCAUGUGCGCAUGAUUGCAACGGUUAAUGUUGGCAAACAAGCUAGUAGGGAACGUAUGAAGAAGUGGUUUGGCGUGUGGCACCAAGAGCGACGGAAGAGAUUAGAAAAAGGUCUCAAGCAAGUUCCUGCACGAGCAGAAGAUUACUGGUGAGUUCAUGUAAUUUAUAUGUAUAAUACAAGGUGUUUU